AUGUUUAUCUAUCUAUCUAUCUAUCUAUCUAUCUAUCUAUCUAUAGACAUUCAUUUGUCUCUCUCCUCUCUCUCUCUCUCUCUCUGCCUCGUGAACGUAAUGUAUCCUCAGUCAGUCCAUGUUUAUCUAUCUAUCUAUCUAUCUAUCUAUCUAUCUAUCUAUCUAUCUAUCUAUAACAGACAUUUUCAGUCCAUGUUUAUCUAUCUAUCUAUCUAUCUAUCUAUCUAUCUCUCUCUCUCUCUCUAUCUAUCUUCAUUGUCAGACAUUUGUUUCUCUCUCUCUCUCUCUCUCUCUCUCUCUCUCUAUCGAGUGCUUCGUCUAUGUAUCCUAUCUCAGUCAGUCCAUGUUUAUCUAUCUAUCUAUCUAUCUAUCUCUGUUUGUCUAUCUAUCUAUCUCUAUCUAUCUAUCUAUAACAGACAUUCAUUUCUCUCUCUCUCUCUCUCUCUCUGCCUAGUGAACGUAAUGUAUCCUCAGUCAGUCCAUGUUUAUCUAUCUAUCUAUCUAUCUAUCUAUCUAUCUAUCUAUCUAUCUAUAACAGACAUUCAUUUGUCUCUCUCUCCUCUCUCUCUGCCUCGUAAUGUAUCCUCAGUCAGUCUCUAUCUAUCUAUCUAUCUAUCUAUCUAUCUAUCUAUCUAUAACAGACAUUCAUUUGUCUCUCUCCCUCCUCUCUCUCUCUGCCUCGAACAUGUGUAUCCUCAGUCAGUCCAUGUUUAUCUAUCUAUCUAUCUAUCUAUCUAUCUAUCUAUCUAUAACAGACAUUCAUUUGUCUCUCUCCUCUCUCUCUCUCUCUCUGCCCAGUAG